AUGACGAUGACCAGCCUCCUGCCUUCAGCAGGGGAGGGAAACUGCUAUUACAUCCUGACGGAAGGUUUUCCUUAUGGCAGCAAGUACUUCCAAGCUGGGAACAUGUGUUUCUGCAGCGAGAGGAGUUACCUGCGCAACUUCUUCGACGACAGGCCCCCUGCUUGCUUCUUGAAGGUCAUCAUGUUGGACGACAGCUCCACCGUCACCAUAAACGUCGAAAUCCUGCAGCCCGUGCGCGAGGAGAUGGCCGUCUUCCUCCUGGCCCUCAGCAGCCACAAUGAACGCUUGAAUUAUUUCUUGGAGAGGCCGAGGCUCGAAGCAGCUCUGAGGGCCGUGCCAGGCCAAAAAGUGAUGGUGGAGAUCAACCAGCAAUAUUUUCCUGGGAUCAUCCGUUACAUCGGGAGCGUUCACAAAAACGCUCCGGCUGUUUUGUCUCCAUUCUUCUUCGGGGUGGAAUUACAGGGUGAGGGUGAAAACAGAGGGUGCAGCGAUGGCUCUUAUAACGGCACCGAGUAUUUCAAGUGCAAGAGGAACUGCGGGAUCUUCCUGCCUUUUAGCAGAGUCCAGUUUACUCCCCCACCGGACGACGACUAUGGGAAACAGAAGCCAAAAGUGGACACGGAGGAGGGGGUUCCCGUGAAAGUGGGAGAUGCAGUGAGCUUCUACGUGGAUGAGGUCCUCACCAAAGGGAUAGCGAUGGCGGUGUACAGGGAAGGAACCCAAUGGUUCGUUAAAGUUUGUCCGGAAGAAGAAGGAACAACUGACUUUUUCAGAGAAAUCCCCAUGGACUCCGUUGUGAAGGAAAGCUUGCAAAGUUUAUAUUCACCCUUUGAGUCUGACAUGGGCUUGGGAUGCCCAAACCAAAUGAAACGAGAGAGCAACGAGAGCAGUGAGGAGUGUGAAGGUGGGAAUUCAUCCCUGGAGGUCAACUCUAUGGUCCAGAUCACCUUGGACAAGGGAAAUCAAGUUUCAGGAAUCAUCCGCUGGUUGGGUUACCUGCCUCAAAUUAAGCACAAAAUGGCAGGAGUCGAACUGGAUGAAGAUAAAGGGGUCACUGCUGGGGAAUGGCUGGGCAAAUACUACUUCCACUGCGCCCCGAAGCGCGGCCUCUUCGUGAAGCUGCAGUCCUGCCAGCCCGACGUCCGCUUCCAGUGUUCGCGCAGCAGCGACCUGAGCCUCCUGGAUUAUCGAGAUCAAGAAGUUCUUCCACAGGUUCCAGAGAGUGUUCCUCCCCUCAGGAACGAGGCAGCGGUGCGUGUCCUGCGAGGGAGGAUGAAGGGAAUCCAAGGCCACUGUAAUUCCUGCUACAUGGACACAGCUCUCUUCAGCCUCUUCUCCUGUACGUCCGUGCUGGACUCCAUGCUCUUCAAGCCCUUCCCACUGUGUGACAGGAACGUCCAGAGCAUCCUGCGGGAUGAGAUCGUUAAUCCCCUUCGAAAGACUGGCUUCGUCAGGGCUGGGAGCGUGAUGCACCUUAGGGAGCAGUUGACUGAAAAGGGCCAGUUUUCAAGCUUUACCAACGCUGAGAAAGAUCCUGAGGAGUUCCUCAAUCUCAUAAUGCAGCAGAUCCUGGGAAUAGAGCCCCUCUUGAAACUGCUGUCAGAAAAACGGAAGGAGCAGCAGGACGGUUACUGUCACCAGAUAAUUAUGGACAAACGGGAGGAUCUGGUGGUUCCUGAGGUCCAGCAGUUAGUGGAACACUCCUUCCUGGCCUCCGAUCUGAAGCUGAUGGAGAUCCCUUCUUGUUUCAUCAUCCAAAUGCCACGUUCUGGGAAGGAAUAUAAAAUGUUCAGCAAAAUCAUUCCUUCCUUGGAGCUGGAUAUAACGGAUCUGCUGCUGGACAGUCCCAGGGAGUGCUGCGUGUGCGGUGACGUCGCCACCCUGGAGUGUGCCGCGUGUUUCAAAGACAAGGUGUUUGCGGCCACGGGCCUGAAGCAGUUCUGCAGCUCCUGCUCCAGACAGGUUCAUUCCCACUAUCGACGCAAAACGCACAAACCAACCAGGCUGCACGUCCCAGAAGAGUUUCGGAGCCGGAACCCCCGGGGCAACCAGCAGGUCCCUCGUGAGAAGAUGGAGCUCUUCGCCGUGCUGUGCAUCGAGACCAGUCAUUACGUCUCCUUUGUGAAAUACGGCCCGGAGAACGAACAUUGGAUGUUCUUCGACAGCAUGGCUGACAGGCAUGGUGAUGAAAAUGGCUUUAACAUCCCCACGGUAACGCUGUGCCCUGAAGUUGCCAAAUACCUGGCCUUGCCGUUGGCCAAGUUGGCCGAAAAACAACCUCGGGACAUGGAUGGAGUCACCAAACGCCUCUUCUGCGACGCCUACAUAUACAUGUACCAGAGCAAGAAGAUGGCCCUUUACAAGUGACCCUGCCUCGGGCCGGUGCCUUAGAGACGUUGGAAACGUGAGCUCGGAUCAACCCCUCAGGUCGUAAUCGGUGAAAACACCCAAUUCUGGGUGCCCCAAGCUCCAGCUUCUGCCUCUUCUGACCUCUUCUGGUGUCUGGUAUCAAGUUGUCCACAUUGGCCUGGCUGGGGUCGUUAGAUCCUGUAUCCGGCCUCAUCAAGUGAUGGUUUGUGCUUCCUGCAGACCUGGAUUUUGAGUUAUUUCCACACAAAUUCAUUCUCAUUUUCCAGCCUCCUCCUUCCCCGGGCGCGCUGUAGCUCUGUCCUACCUCAGAGCCCUCCCCAACAUCCUUAUCAUCUCCCUUCCAAAGCUGGAAGAACCAGAGGAGAUCCUGGGCCCGAAGACCAGAAUCUAAUCAAAACAUGAGCAAUUAUUCUCAAAUUUGCAAAAAGUGCAGUCCUGAACUGGGUUGCCCAGAUUCUGAAUUUCACCGACUGGGCACCAAAACCUUGAGGGACACACCCAGGAGCCCCAGAUGUGGAGCUGUAAUUUCCCUCCUCCUCUUCUUUUCUCCUCUUUAACGAAGGCUGCACUAAUUUUAAUACGUGGCCUGUAGCUUUGUCUCGUGGCUUGGGUUACAGGUGGUUUAGGACCUUUUUUUUGCUUGCCAGCAGGGUUGGGACACCAACUGGGACCUCAACGGCUUCAUGGCUUAAUGAGCUUUCUGGUGUGUCCCCUAUUUCUAUAUUGGGCGGCUACAAAGCAUGGCCAAUGUGUAACGAACCCAGACUGAUAAUGGUAAUUAACAGUUGAUAUCAAGUCAGCUUCCAGAUGUCCUUACUGAGCAUCUGGGCCUCAACACCAAGUUGACCAUGAGGCACCAGUACGUCCUCAUGGUAGAGAAGGUGAACAAUGUCCUAGAAGUGUUGCCAGAAGGUCAAGGUCAAGGAAUGGGAUUUUCACUGCCUCUGCACAGCACUGGUAAGGUCAUACCUGGACUACUGGAUCCAGUUUGGGGUUUCCCAGUAGGAGGGAGACAAAGAGAGUCCAACAAAUGGCCAUGAAGAUGAUGGACUGGAGCAUCUCUCCCAUGAAGAAAGGCUGGGAGAGAUGGGACUUUUCAGCCUGAAGAGAAGACUCCAGGGGACUUGUCCAAAGGGUGCAAAGAGGACAGAGCCAGACUCUUCCCGGUGCCCAGUGCCAGGACCAAAGGGGCCAACUGGAACACAGGAGUAACAUCAGGAAACAUUUCUUCACCGUGAAGGUGACAAGUCCUGAUGCAGGUUGCCCAAAGAGAGGUGGUGGGGGGUCUCCAUCCUUGGAGAUACUCAGGAUGGUCGUGGGCAAAGCCAAAGCACCAAAGGUUGGAGAGAGACGGUGGCAGAUGGAGCAACGGAUGGUCCUGAGGAUGGAUUUACCCUGGUCCCACCCAUUAACUGACUCACCAACCUCUCCAACCACAGAGAGGACCAAGGGGCACUGCUAUCUCAUCUUUUGUCAUCUAUUUAAAGAUGUUCUUCAUUCCUUCUCUCCUAAGAACUCAGGACAAUCUCUACUCAGGUACGCUGGGCCUUGGGCUCUUCUACCUCUGAUGCUUCUGCUCGAAAAAUGUAAGUUUAAUAACAAACUGCUCUUGGUUU